AUGGACAUCAUUAAGCCAAAAGAUCCGGCUAUUUCAAAUGCUCACACUAAAUUAAGAGAAGAUAAAAGAGAUUAUAUCAAAUACUGCACAGGAAUUACAUUGAAGCUAUUUUUGCAAGAGCACAAUAGAUAUCUGGUUACCACUUUGGUGUAUGUUAAAUGUGAUGAUGAUGCUAGACUGCAGCUGUGGGAUAGUAUAUAUCAUUUGUCCUCAAUUGUUGAUGUACCAUGGAUGGUAAGUGGUGAAUUUAAUGUGGUGAUGAAUGAAGAAGAAAAAAUAGGAGGCCCACCAGUAUUACCACAAGACUUUGAAGAUUUUCCCUUUUGCAUUAACUCUUGUGAGAUGAUGGAACCUGCCUUCAAAGGAAGUCCUUUUACUUGGUGGAAUGGGAGGGCAGUGGCAUCCUCCCAAAAAUGGGGUGCUACAUUCUUAGAUACUGUUAAAGAUAAUUGGCCUGUUGAUAGUGAUGGUGAUCCUUUUCUGAGCUUUAAAAAGAAGAUGAAGCAGAUUAAAGAUGCUUUAUCAAUAUGGAGUAAGGUUGCUUUUGGAGAUAUUUUCAAACAACUUAUCAUAAGGGAGGACAUAGUGAGAAUUAAAGAACAAUUAUUUGAAGAGGAACCUACUGUGGAGAAUAUAUCAAUAUUGCAACUUGCUCAAGUAGAAAUGAAGAAGUAUUUGCAUUAUGAAGAAGAAUUCUGGAAGCAAAAAUCAGGAUACACUUGGUUCUCUGAAGGUGAUGGAAAUACAAAGUUCUUUCACAGUAUAGUAAAGGGUAGGAGAAAGAGGUUACAAGUUAAGAAAAUUCAAGAAUCAGAUGGAUUACAGCUAGAGAAUGAGGAUCAAAUAGCAGCAAGAGCAGUUCAUUUCUUCCAAAGUCAAUUUACGCAAGAAGUAGUGGUUUCUGAUUAUAGCAUGCUCAGGUUUAUUCCUAGAAUGGUGUCUGAUGAGUGUAAUUUGCAGUUGUGUGCAAUACCAUCAUUUGAUGAAGUUAAAAAGGCUGUGUUUGAGCUUAAAGGAGACAGUGCAUGUGGUCCAAAUGGGCUAUCAGGUACCUUUUAUCAGACAUGUUAG